AUGCCUCAGACAUAUAAGCCACUAUGCAUCCCCCCGGAGCUGCCGGAAUUGCUGAAGGAAUUUACCAAAGCUGCCAUCAGGACCCAGCCGCAGGAUCUGAUCCAGUGGGCUGCCGAUUAUUUUGCAGCUAUAUCCCAGGGAGAGAUUCCUCCAGUGAGAGAGCGGUCUGAGCGAGUCGCUUUGUCUAACUGGGCAGAGCUUACACCUGAGCUGUUGAAGAUCCUGCAUUCUCGGGUUGCUGGCAGACUGAUCAUCAAUGCAGAUGAGCUGGCCCAGAUGUGGAAGGUGCUGAGUCUCCCAACAGAUCUGUUUAAUAGCGUGAUGAAUGUGGGCCGCUUCACGGAGGAGAUUGAGUGGCUGAAGUUUCUAGCCCUUGCUUGCAGCUCUCUUGGAGUCACCAUCGCCAAGACUCUCAAGAUAGUGUGCGAAGUUUUAUCAUGUGACCGUGAUGGCGGGCCUCCCCGGAUCCCUUUUAGCACCUUCCAGUUUCUCUACACGUAUAUCGCCGAGGUGGACGGGGAGAUCUCUGCAUCACACGUCAGCCGCAUGCUGAACUACAUUGAACAGGAAGUAAUUGGUCCUGAUGGUUUAAUCAAGGUGAAUGACUUUACCCAAAACCCCAGGGUUCGGCUGGAGUAAAAGCACAAUUUGGGCAAUUUUAAAGGAAGAUACAGAGAUGACUGUGCUUCAGAACGACUGACCCCCAAACACCAUCCAAUGUCAAUUUUCUUGUACAACUGGUACACAGUAAUAAACAAUUAGGCAAACAUAUGAAAUCAGAAAUGUGUGGAAUUAAGAUGUAAAAUCGUUGGAACGAAACAGCUGUAUUAACAGAAGAUUAGCAUUUUUCCCACAUGGACGUUGAAUAAAAGUGGCUGACAAAGCGUGAAGAGAAAAUGCAUCUCAAACCAAAGCCAGACUGUCAGAUUUUCAAAGGAAAAACGUUAACCAGACACAGUUUUGAUGUUUAGUGAUUGUUAGGCAUAACUUAGAUGAGUAUCUUUUACAUGGUCAAUCCACAUUUUUACCAGUUUAUUUCUCCAUUUGUUGGCACGAUGCUAGUCAUUUAUUCAUUGCCUCACUCACCAAUAUUUACUGAGGUUAGCUGUAUGCCAGGGAUAGGAAUGCCUGGGAAAAUACAGGACACUCAGUUAAAUUUGAAUUUUGAUAAAGAGAUAAUGUUUUAGUAUUGUUUUGUUUUGUGUUGCUAAACCUGAAAACCCCAGCCAAGAACUAUGCUGGCUUCUGGGCAUAUACAAAUAAGUCAUAUCAAGAUUCUGCCCUCGAGGAGCUCACAGUCUAACACUAAAAUAAGACAUGAGCUUAAGUCACUUUAAUACAAGUGGCCCUGAG